UCCAGUGGCAAUAGCUGUUGAGCUACGACUGCUGAUAACUCGGAGUCAUCUACAGUCGUGGAAAGAGAUUCAAUUUGAAACGGCAACUUCGAAGCUACGAUAUCCCGGCUACGAGCAGGGUGCACAAGCCAAGUAUGAGCAAUGCCAAGGGGUCGCAAAGACCGACGUCCGUCCCGCGCGCACGUCCCUCGGAAACGACGUGCUGCCGGCCUGCGUCGCUCAGCGCCACCGUGGGCCCGGGGAACCCCUUUCCACCCAGAGGGGGUCAAGGUCACCGUGGCCCGGCAGAUGGGAAAUCGGAGACUGAAAGCAGCCCCCUCUCCAGCAAUGGCUCCGACGUUUCUGUGGCGGCGCCCGGCAUGUUCUCCAAGUCGCCCGUUUUAAGUGGGCGCAAGGCUAAACCCGACCUCGUGGUUAAACUCCGGGGCGACCGCGGUGAGCCUGGCGGUGGCGGCACCGCCACGGGGCUUCGUAAGAUGGGCACCGAUGACGGAUCGUUAGCGACGCCCGUGAGAAGGAAUAAUAGCGUGCUCGUUCGAAAUGACGCGUCCUCGCGUUCCACGCCGAGCGGGGUCCGCGACGCUGGCGCCAUGCGGCCCCAAGGCGGUGCUGGGCAACAGGGCGUGCGGCUGGAUGCCCUCCUGCACAACACGGGGGGCGAUCCUUGUGUGGUGGUGGAGGAGGAGGCGGCGAGAGCACACGGCGCUGGCUACGACCACCUCAAUCGUGUUCUGCUGAGUGACAUAGUUGUGGGGUGUGGGCGUGACUUAAAAUUGAGUGGGAGCUGUGGUGCAAGAAUAGGAGCAGCAGCAGUGGGAGGAGGAGGAAGGAAGCCACUGGAAAAUGCCAAUGGUGGCCAUUUGCAGGAGCAUACAAUAUUUAGUCAGGACUGUACUUUGGAAACUGAAGAUGAGUUGCUGGGAUGUAAACCUUUGGGUUCGUACGAAGAUUUAUACCGUGGCGACAAAAUGCAGAGCAACACAACAUUUUUCAGUUGUCCAGGAACACAUUGUGUGAAUUUCCACGUUGAGAAUGCUUUGGAUGGAAAUCUCUGCUGUUGUGAGGACGAUACAGGAACCAGUAAAUUUAUAGCACAGCCCAAAUGCGUGGCACCUCAAAACCACGCUUCAAACCCAUCUGCACUGACGCCGAGGGCCAUCAAAUCUAGCAGUCCAAUCGCUCGUGCCGUCCCACCUUGCAAAACUCCAAUGGCUUUCAGCCCAGUCCUGGGAUGUUUUCACCAUGGUCCCGUGGGCACCGACGCGAUGCAGAAGGAAAUCCCCUUGCUUGGCACCGCACAGCAACGCGUUCAGCGGCAGCCGUCUGUUGACGAGAGCAACGCUGAGCUGCUGCGGGGCCCUGCUUGCGACAGCUUUGCGUACAACAGCUGCAUCAAGAAGGAUUGCGUGGCCAUAAUUAACGAGAUCAGGAAGAGGAAUCUGCAGAAGUGGGAGUCGUUGAAUUCCAGCGCGGACAACCCGUUGCGGUGUCUGACCUGGAAUGAAACCUCCAACAUCGUUCGAGAAAUGUACGAGUGCUCGCCGAUGCAGUCCAUGCUGCCGCGGAAAAACGCAAAAGUGCUGGAUCCGAUGGCCGAACGUCAACACGCGAACCAAGCGGCUGCCAGUGAACAGCAGAAAUUUAUGUUGUGGCUCAACGCGACAGCAUUGCCAGCUCUUGAACACGGUGCACUCGAUGAGGCAAUGUGUGCACUUGGCAGAGCCGAAGAUGCGGCGUCUUCCACUGGCCGUGCAGCGGAGGUGGUCGCAGUGGAGAAGAUGGCGGUCAACGUCACACAAGCGCUUUCGCUGCCUGCUAUAGAUUCUACGAUGAUGACCGUGGCUUCUCAAGAUCUCAAUUCUGCUGUGACAAGUCUGCCAACUGCAAUGGUGGAAAAUAAACUCGUUGAUACAAAAAGGCAAAAGGGAUUUGGUGUACUGCCAAAGGCCGGUUGUGAAAAUGGGCCUCUUUGCAUUAACGACCCAAAGAGAGCCCAGAUUGGUGCACCCUUGGGUAGUGACAUUAAUCAUCGGCGCAUUCCUGGUGACCACGGUAUGUUAAAGUAUAAGCAUUCGCCCAACGGCCCCUCUGAUUUACAAAAAGUAAGCUUGAAUGGUCGCACCACGUCCACUCCGCUCGUUGACGAUGGGUGUGCACGAACCCUCGUGCCUGCGGUGAUGUUUGCUGGAGACAACGAUCUCGGUGAGAUUUCGACCAUAUCUUCCUCGUCGAGAUCCUCUUUGAAUGGCUUGCCGCAGCAAUUCAACUUUGACAAACAAACGCUGCCGGUUUAUAUCAACAGGAGAGCAGAAAGCACAGCCGUCAAGGCGUCCAAGAAAACGCUGAUUGGUCGGGGGGUGACAAUGGACGAUCAAACUUCAAAUGGCAAAAAGCUACCGACAGUUGUCCGAAAAGCUUGGAGCCUCGACGUGAUGCAGAAGAAGCUGCAGAAGUCAAAUCCAAACAAGUCCAUGGAGAGAAUCCCAGCCACUGUGGUUGAAGGUCGGGUUGCCCGUGCCACCGUCACAAACGUUCAGAAGUUUAAGCAUCCCGUGAAGGCCACAGAUCCCACGGGACGUCGCAUGGCCGGUGUGGACGCACCAGGUGAAUUGUUGCCGUCAAAGGUCAAAGCGUCGGCCGUGAUGCAGCCAAGAGACAAUUCUGCAGCAGCGAUCAAAGCCAGGGGCUUGCCAACGUUUCCAAGACGGGCGCUCCCUUCAUCGCUGUGUCCAACAAAAUUGUUGGCAGCUGGCCCCACCAAAUACGGCAGCCCCACAAGGCCAAGGCAGCAGGUGAUUGACGGUGUUGCGAGGAAAUUGACAAACACGCCGUCGAAGCCUGGCAGCUCGAGCAAGCUGUGCACACCGGUGAAGGCCGGGGUAACCGCAGCCGCCGUAGGGAGGAGAACCGUUGCCGCCGUCACUCCGCAAAAGCCGAGUAAAGUCUUGGGCUGCCCCCAUCUGGACGGCGAUGGGCCCUCCGUCUUGGGGGCCGUGAACAUGUCCCCCAAGGUCCCGUUGGCCAACGCGGUGAGGCCGUCACCCAGGGCCAUGAAGCUGCCGAUGCGCCUCCCUGCGAGGGCCUCUGCACUGGCCCAAGCACCGAACGUCGUGGUCUCCGCCCAGAGGCGACAGCUAAACGGCCCGGGGGACGGCCACUCGGAGAAGGGCGCUCCAUCCAGCGGCCAAGUCAGGGCGAGGCAGCUCAAGCCUCCGUUUGGCUCCAAACUGAGGGCUCCAACGAGACCCACACAUGGCGGCAAAGCAGAGCCCGUCGCGCCCGUGAGGGAUGCUGUCGACGGUGUGCCGCUGGAGGAAGAUGCAGUCGGAAGCGCGAAUUUGACAAUGAAUUCGAACCUUGCACCACCUGAAACGAGCGGCAGGCCGAGUCGCCGCCUCUCUAAACUCUCCGCUGCUUCGGCUCGCGUCGUGCGUGGCUCUGCGCCGCCGUGUGUACUUUGUUAUUAG